AUGUCCUUCCUAUCCUCCUUACGGUCACGGAUAUUCACCACGUCGCUCUACGCCGCUGCGCACCAUGCGCCAUCGCGGACUCUGCUCGCGCCGUCGUCAUAUAUGUCUGCUGCCCGGUCGUUCCCGAUGAUGUUCACCCAGCAGCAGUCGAUGCAGCAGCAGCAGCAGCAGCAGCAGAUAAGAGGAGUUAAGACGAAGGUUAAGGGAUAUAAGAUAAAGACACAUACCGGCGCAGCUGCGCGGUGGCGGAAGACCAAGUCCGGCAAGUACAAACACGCCUCGAUUGGAAAAAACCACGGAAACUCGAAUUGGUCGCGCAGCAUUCGGUCGCGGAACCAUACACAAGACUAUGCGCAUGGGAACGGCGAGGGAAACCAUGUGAAGCGGAUUCGCAAGUUGAUGCCGUAUGCGUAG